AUGGGUGACCAAGGUACGGGGUACGACCAGCUUCUGGUGUCGAUCGUGCGAUAUGUCUACCACGAGAAGAUUGAAAGCCCAUAUGCCUACAGGAGGGCUCGAGUAGCUCUGCUGGAUGCCUUUGGCUGUGCGAUCGAGUCCCUCCACCUCAGCCAGGACUGCAGAGACCUGGUAGGUCCAGUGGCUGCUGGGACAGUGGUACCGGGCGGAUUCCGUCUCCCUGGCACCAGUCAUGUCCUUGAUCCGGUGAAGGGAGCCUUUGACUUUGGCUCCCUGAUCCGCUACCUCGACCACAAUGACGCCUAUCCCGGGGCGGAGUGGGGCCACCCGUCGGACAAUCUGGGUGCCAUUGUUGCUGUUGCAGACUGGUUGAGCCAGACUCGGGGAUCGGAGCGGCGCGUCUCUCUUCGCACUGUGCUCACCGCACAGAUCAAAGCGUACGAGAUCCAGGGCGUGCUCCAGCAGAAGAACGCCUUCAAUGCCCACGGUCUCGACCACACGCUUCUGGUCAAGAUUGCUUCCACCGCGGUCACCUCGUGGCUGCUAGGUCUUCCCGAGGAGGCUGCUUUGGCGGUGCUGUCGCAUGCCUGGAUUGACGGCCACCCGCUGCGCACCUUCCGCCAGUCGCCCAACGCGGGACCCCGCAAGGGCUGGGCCGCGGGAGACGCAUGCAUGCGGGCGGUACACCUGGCCUUGAUCGGACGGCGAAGUCGAGAUCGCGUCGACAAGGCAGGGAGGUGGCAGGGUGGUGCGGCGGCGGGACUACCCUCGGCGCUCACGGCCCCCAAGUGGGGGUUCCGCGACACGCUCUUCGGCGGCGGGGAGAUCGUGCAGUCGCGCCCUUUCGAGAGCGCCGUGAUGGAGAGCGUCUUCUUCAAGCUCAUCACCGCUGAGGGUCACGGCAUCUCUGCGGUUGAGGCAGCGGUGGAGGUGGCGGCGGUGCUGAAGGCCCGCAACCUGCGAGCGGAGCGGGAUGUGCGGGCGGUGCGUAUCCGCACGCAGGGGCCCGCGAUGACUAUCAUCAACAAGGAGGGGCCCCUGCGUAAUCCGGCCGACCGUGACCACUGCCUCCAGUACAUGGUGGCUGUGGUCCUGCUCAAGGGCGCCGUUAUCGAGACGGCGGACUACCUGGACAGUUCGCCCUGGGCGAGCGACGAGCGGGUGGAUGCGCUCCGGGCGAAGAUGACCGUCGUGGAGGAUCCCAAGUUCACGGCGGACUACUAUGAUCCUAAGGUGCGCACAGGAGCCAAUGCCAUCACAGUGGAGCUCGAUGACGGUAGAGUCCUUGAUGAGGUGGUAGUAGAGUAUCCGGUCGGGCAUCCGCGGAGACCAGACACCCUGGAUAAGGUGCUGGAGAAGUUUCGUGUCAAUAUGGGUACGGCGUUCGAUGAGCAAGAGACUGAGAAGAUCGUGCGCAGUGUAGAGGAUGAUGAGCUUGCGAUUGAGGAUUUUGUUGCUCUGUUUGUAAGAUAGACUUCGAAGAUGCAUGGUAUAAUGCACUAGUCAUAAAUAACACUAGUUGAAAUCGAUCGUCCCGUUUCCAUUACUGGAUACGAUCCGCAGUCACUUAGGGCUGAGAGUCAUAUAUAAGGGGGGGUCCAGCCCGCGCUCUUGUCCUUCCCAUCCCGGACCCCGAACCCUC